ACUUGAAACUUGCGCUCUUCAUAGGAGUAUGUUCUCUGGUCAGCAUAGGGAUAUUUGUUCUGACCGAGGUUGUGAAAACUGUCGGGAUUUAUCUGAAAACGUUCAUUGUACUUGCAUUUCCAAUAUCAAACGGUCAAAACCGUCGUCUGAUACUAGCACACCUGUCGAUCAAAAGAAAAAACGCCUGCAUAAUAAUAGUUCGCCAGUUUCUAUGGAGAAGAAAAAUUGCAUUGAUACAUUUACUUCUUGGUCAAAUGGAGACCAAGUUGACUUUAUUUGCAACCUGUUGUCGAAAAUUUCUCACUUCCAACAAAGUCAAAUCAAUGAUUUCCUAGAACCUCUCCUAAAGCGUGAUUUUAUUGUUGCUCUUCAAAAUCGCGGUGUUCCUUAUCUUGCUGAAAUGAUUUUAGUCCAGCUAGAUGCAUCUAGUCUUCUUUCAGUCGAGCUCGCUUCUAGGGGAUGGCAGUGGAGUGUUGCAAAGUACCAACUUUGGCGUCGUCUACUAGCCUGUCGUGUAGCUACUGAUCCAGUUUGGCAUGGGCUUUGUGAACGUAGAGGAUGGAUUGAAUUUAUUGACCAUUCUGAUCCAGCUUAUUUACCUGCCUUACUCGAAAGACGUCGGGUCCCCAUAGGUGUUAGACAUAAACUAACCGAAUUCUCCCCAUUCCUUGAUAGUAAUUCUUGCAUGGAAUGUGAAGCAUCCAAACUUUCUCCAAAACUAGAAUCAACCUGUAGUGUAAAUCGUCAGCAAUCUCUAGUAUGUCAGUGUCAAUCAGACAUUCAGCAUUCUUUAAUAUAUCCUACUGAUAGACACUCCUACGUAUCGAGGACUCAAAGUAUCCCAUUUUCAAGAGAUUCUACAACUGAUGCAUCCAACACACCUAGUUGUUCUUUAAGCCCAUACAAUGUGAAUGAUGGAUUAAAUCAUCGAUUCGUGAAUGCAACUUUUUCCAUGGAGACAGAUCUACAUGAUGCACUUUCCUACGAGACAGUUAUGUUUGCCCAUCGCUUCUACAAACAACUCUAUCCUCGAAUAAUUCGUGAUAUAGCACGCGUUGAAGAUAACUGGACCCGUGGUCAGUAUCAUUUAACUCGGAUACCAUGUCGAAGUGAUGUCACAAAGGGCGUCUACUGUCUUCAGUAUGAUAAACAUAAAAUUGUUAGCGGUCUAAGAGAUGAUACUAUUAAGGUAUGGCAAAGAAUUCCAAACAUUUGUGCAAUCAAUAAAAAUAAAGGAUCUAGUUCUGAUUGUACUACUACUCCUAAUCCUGAUGAGUCUGGGCAUAAAGUCAGAGGGAGGAGUGAGGCUACUACAGCUGCUCCCGCAGCAGUUGAAGCACCGAACCAAGAAGGUUUCAAUGAAGCAACGUGCUCCGACGGUUACCGCUGUACACAAGUCCUUGAAGGACAUUCAGGUUCCGUUUUAUGUUUGCAAUAUAUCGGGAAUUUGCUGAUUAGUGGUUCCAGUGAUACAACAGUUCGUUUAUGGGAUUUAUCCACUGGAUGCUGUUUAAAUGUUAUCAAUCAUCAUGCUGAAGCUGUGCUGCAUUUACGGUUUCGCAAUAAUAUUCUAGUAACAUGUUCAAAAGAUCGCAGUAUUGCAGUAUGGGAUAUGGGUCCUUGGCCAAAAGAUGUUCAGUUACGUCAAGUUCUUGUUGGACAUCGAGCUGCUGUUAAUGUUGUUGAUUUCGAUGAUAAGUACAUUGUUUCAGCCAGCGGUGAUCGUACAAUCAAAGUUUGGGCUACGGAUACAUGUGCUUACGUGCGUACAUUGACAGGUCAUCGUCGAGGUAUUGCUUGUCUACAAUAUCGUGAUCGAUUAGUGGUUUCUGGAAGUUCCGAUAAUACAAUUCGUAUAUGGGAUAUUGAGACUGGUGUGUGUUUCAGAGUUCUUGAAGGGCAUGAAGAACUAGUUCGGUGUAUUCGCUUCGACUCUAAACGUAUUGUAUCAGGUGCUUAUGAUGGCAUCAUUGAUGAACAAGGAGGAUGUGAUGCAGAUGUAAAGGCGAGAAUCGACAGAGCAAGGAUUGCAUUUCUGCAAUUGAAGAACAUAUGGAACUCAAAACAUCUCAAUUAAUGUCAAAAUAAGAAUCUUCAAUACGAACUUCAAGACAUUCCUACUGUACACAGCUGAAACGUGGGGAACUACUAAAUCCAUCGUCAAGAAGAUACGAGUAUUUAUAAACAGUUGCGUACACAAAAUACUCAACGUUCACUUACCGGAUACCAUCAGCAACAGCCUUCUGUGGGAGAGGAUAAACUGGCUUCUAGCUGAAGAGGAAAUUAAGAAAACACGUUGGAAGUGGAUCGAACAUACAUUACAGAAAUUACCAAACUGCAUCACAAGGCAAGCCCUAACAUAGAAUCCGGAAGGGAAACGGAAAAGAGGAAGGCCACAGAAUACAUUACGCCAGGAAACGGAAGCAGACUUGAAAAGGAUGAAUAACAACUGGAAAAAUCUGAAAAGGAUUUCCCAGAACAGAGUUGGUUGGAAAAAACUGGUGUGCGGCCUAUGCGUAAAUAAUAAAAUUAAAGUAUGGAAUUUAAAAGCUGCACUCAAUCCUCGUUCUAAACCAAAUCAAUUAUGUAUUCAUACAUUACAACAGCAUACUGGUCGUGUAUUUCGUUUACAAUUUGAUGAUUUUCAAAUUGUUUCAUCAUCACAUGAUGAUACUAUAUUAAUAUGGGAUUUCGCAAGACCAGCUACUGGUAGUGAAGAACGUGAUGAUGGAUUUGAUGAUGGAAUAAAUGCUGCAUUAGCAUCACAAAAUAAUUGUUUAUGUUCAUUAAGAUCAGCUGCUGUACAAUGUCAAGUACAAUCAGAUAAUAUUAAUACUGGAGGUGGAUGUAGCAGUAGUAGCCAUCCUACUACUACUACUACUACUAAUAAUAAUAAUAAUAAUGAUAACACAACCGACAACAACAACUUAACACCCGUCGUCAUGGAUAAUAAGAAUAGUGUUACUGCUUCCAUCUCCACUACUACUAUUACUAAUGCUAACACUACUACUACUACCAUCACUAGUACUACUACUACUACUACUACUAUUAGUGGUAAUAAUAAUUUCAAUAAUCCUAAUAAUUCCAUCAUAAAUUCAUCGAAAUCUAGUUUUAUUUCAUCAACUAAUAAUAGAAAAAUUUAAAGAGAAAAUCUAAAUCAAAUUUGUUGUUAACAACUUAUCACAAUAUCCAUAUGAUCAUUCAAUUCUGAUUUAACUUGCACAGUAAUUUGUUCUUCUUCUUCUACCUAUUUUCUGUCUCUUCUGUCGAUGUUUAAUGUUUCUAUUAUUCAUGUUUAUCUUUGGAAUGAUGUUGAGUAUUUAGUUAUUUUUACUCAUGCAUAUAUAUAUACAUCGGCCUAUUGUUACUCUAUUAUCAGUGUUAUUACUGUUUUAUUUUUGGGUGUGUUAUUUUACAACUUAUCAGUAAAAUAAUCAGCCAGAACAU